AUGGCAUCAGCCUACAGUGGUUAUCAUUUCUAUCUUCCAGCCUUUAUGGAUUUCCGCGGACGAAUAUGCCGAUCAUGUGUGUUGCAUUUUCACGAACGUGAUUUGGCUCGAAGUCUUCUAGUUUAUAGUAAUAAAUUAUCCCCAAUAGAUAUUGAUUAUGAUGAAUUAUCUGAUUUAACUGAAACAGUAUUAAAGCCAGCUGCUGCAUUUCAUUACACUAAGUUAGCAUGUUAUGAACGAGCUACCCUGUGGUAUAAUAAAACUAUAAUUAAUUUAAAAGAUAGUGAAAUCUUCAAUUAUGCUGUUAAGGCAAGAGAUCCUUUUCAGUUCAUAAGUAAAGUAAUAUCUAUAGAAUAUAACAACUAUAAUAGAAUUAGACUUGAUCAAAUUCCAAUAACCCAAGAUGCAUCUGCCUCUGCAUAUCAGAUAUUGUUAUUAUACUUUAAAAAUUUAGCUAUGCAUACUAAUUUAAUUGAUAAUAGUAAAAUGAUUUUACCUUUAAUAAAAUAUAUUCACAGCAGUUGUCUUCUAGAACUAAUUAAUUACUUACCUAAAGAUUUGGAUAAAAAUAUAUGUGAUAUAGUUCUUAGUAAAAAUCAUAUGCCUUUAAUUAAAGGAAUAUUAAUGCCAAUGAUAUAUGGAAAGACUCAAAUUAGCAUAACCCAUGAUUUAUAUAAACAUUAUAAAACAGUAUUAACAAUUAAGGAAUGUUUAAAUUUAGCUUCCAGCAUCAUAGAAUUCUUUAAUUAUUAUUUUCCGGGAAUUAGAAAUCUAAUGAAUUUAAUCUGCAAUAUAGGAUGGUUAUGUUCAGCAUUGCAGAAAUCUGUAAGCUAUCAAGUACCAAUAUUCAGAACUUAUCAAGACCAUGUAAAGAGUGAAUCAGUCAAUAUAUGGAUAUACGAUAGUGUUAGAAAGAAAAAACGUCAAGUUAGUCUAAAAAUUCCAACCGCUAAAAGGAAUCGAAGUAAGAGUUAUGUUUCUACCUUUGUUAACUUCAUUCAUCAGAAAGAUGCUUACAUUGCCAUGUAUAUGAUAAAAGAAAUGUAUUUUAUGGGAGCUCCAGUCUUUUACUAUAAGUCCAACUAUAACCUUUAG